CGCAGUUUCCCAAUCCCUCCCCAUGCUGGCCCUCCUCUUCGCUCGGCCAGGGUGCCUGCGGCCAACUCUCGGAACGCUACGAUCCCACCCUCGACACUCACCUGCCACACGCGUCUUCGCGACCAGUCCACUGCAUAGGAAACAUGUACACGGCCAUCGGCCGCACCCCGGCUCCCCGGCAACUGUGCAGCACACGAAAACGGCGAAGCCUUUACAACCAUCCGCACCGUUACUUGCGGAGCCCCUAGUGUCGAACAAAGAGCAGCGCAAGGCCGAUUGGGCCAUCAUGAAGGAGAUGUCCAGAUACCUUUGGCCCAAGGACAAUCUGGGCACAAGGCUCCGAGUUGGCCUCUCUGUUGGCUUGCUCGUCGGGGCCAAGCUUCUCAAUGUCCAGGUACCCUUCUACUUCAAGACCAUUGUCGAUUCAAUGAAUAUUGACUUCCUGGUCGUGGGCGGGACGGCAUGGACAGUGGCUGGUUCCAUGAUAGUGUGCUACGGGGCAACCCGCGUAGGAGCUACGUUGUUCCAGGAGCUUCGUAAUGCCGUCUUCGCCAGCGUUGCCCAGAAGGCCAUUCGGAGAGUGGCUUGCAGUGUCUAUGAGCAUCUGCUAAAGCUCGAUCUCAGCUUCCAUCUAGCGCGGCACACUGGUGGCUUGACCAGAGCCAUAGACCGAGGCACCAAAGGUAUCUCAUUCCUACUGACCUCCAUGGUGUUCCACGUACUCCCGACUGCACUGGAGAUCUUUCUCGUCUGUGGCAUCCUGACUUAUCAAUAUGGAGCGAAAUUUGCCCUCGUCACCGGCGUGACUAUGGCCGCCUACACUGCUUUCACAAUCUUAACAACCUCAUGGCGAACUAAGUUUCGAAAGCAGGCGAACGCUGCCGACAACAAAGCAGCUACUGUUGCAGUUGAUUCUUUGAUUAACUACGAAGCUGUCAAGUAUUUCAAUAAUGAGAAGUACGAAGUUGGGCGAUACGACAAAGCCUUGCAAGCCUACGAGAAGGCGUCCAUCAAAGUAGCUACUUCUCUCGCGUUUCUCAAUUCUGGCCAGAAUAUCAUAUUCUCCAGCGCGUUGACAGCAAUGAUGUAUUUUGCAGCUAGUGGGGUUGCUACUGGACAAUUGACCGUUGGAGAUCUCGUCAUGGUCAACCAGCUUGUCUUUCAGCUCUCCGUCCCGCUGAAUUUCCUCGGUUCCGUAUAUCGUGAGCUCCGCCAAAGCUUACUGGAUAUGGAGACCCUGUUUAACCUACAGAAGGUCAACAUUUCCGUGAUGGAUAAGAAAGAUGCCAAGCCCCUGGUUCUCACUGCUGGAGAUAUUCAGUUCGAGAAUGUCACAUUCGGUUACAGACCGGACCGACCAAUUCUCAAGAAUCUUACACUUACCAUUCCUGCCGGCAAGAAAAUUGCUGUGGUUGGUCCCAGUGGGUGCGGAAAAUCUACCAUUCUCCGUCUCCUGUUUCGUUUCUACGAUGUGCAAGAGGGCCGCAUCCUGAUUGAUGGCCAGGAUAUUCGGGACGUCAGCCUAGAAAGCUUGCGAAAAGCAAUUGGAGUUGUACCCCAAGACACGCCCCUUUUCAACGACACCAUUGAGCAUAAUAUCCGCUAUGGAAAUCUAGAAGCGUCCCGAGAAAAGGUUAUCGAGGCAGCCAAGAAAGCGCGUGUACACGAUACUAUUCAAAACUUCCCAGACGGAUAUAGAACCAUGGUAGGAGAGCGUGGAAUGAUGAUAUCUGGAGGAGAAAAACAGCGCCUUGCUGUUUCCCGCUUAAUUCUAAAAGAUCCUCCCUUGCUGUUCUUUGACGAAGCAACAUCGGCAUUGGAUACGCAUACCGAGCAAGCCCUGUUGUCACACAUCAAUAGUAUCUUGAAGGAGAAAAGCAGAACCUCAGUCUUCAUCGCCCACCGUCUACGGACAAUAUACGAUUGUGAUCUCAUUAUUGUCCUCCGGGCUGGCCAAGUUGCAGAGAGUGGAACGCACCAGCAAUUGAUCGAUCGUGCUGGGCUCUAUUCGGAACUAUGGAGCGCCCAAGAGACGCUAUUUGCGGAUAAGGAUGAAGAGUCGAAAUACUCAGGUGAAAGCUCAAGGUAGCCAAAGAAGCAAGACGCCUUAUAACAAUUCCGUGCCUUCGGUGUACUAGCUCGCCUCUUGAAAAGAUACCAUCCUCUUGAUUAAUUUUACAAGUGGCCUCUACUGCAGUUCACACCUCUGGU